GAAGAGAGCGAAGAAGAAGACGAAGGGUGUCCAGUUUGCAUGAGAAAUGGAUCAGAAGAUUCCUUAUGAUGACUAUCAGCUGCCUGUUGUGUUUCUGCCCUCUUAUGAAAAUCCUCCUGCAUGGAUUCCUCCUCAGGAUAGGAUAAAUCACCCUGACUAUAACAAUGAGCUUACCCAGUUCCUGCCACGCACCAUAAUCUUAAAGAAGCCUCCUGGAGCACAACUGGGCUUCAAUAUCCGAGGUGGAAAAGCUUCUCAGCUUGGAAUCUUUAUCUCAAAGGUGGUGCCGGAUUCUGAUGCUCACAGAGCAGGACUACAGGAAGGUGAUCAGGUGCUGUCAGUUAACGAAGUGGACUUUCAGGAUAUAGAACACUCAAAGGCCGUGGACAUUUUAAAGACAGCCAGGGAGAUUAUGAUGAGGGUGCGCUAUUUUCCUUACAAUUACCAGAGGCAGAAGGAAAGGACAGUACACUAGGUGGCAGAGACGUACAGAAAAUUGAGCGGGGACCUGGUGAACAUGAAACGCACCAUCAGUGUCCCAGCUGAUUUCUUUGACUAAUACUGCAUUCAGCAUUCAUGUGCUUUCAGAGGUAUGAAAUAUAUUAGAGUAUAUACCUGGGACAUUCAUGAGAAUCUCCCCAGCUUUGAGGCACUACCCAGGUACUCACAUCUACUCAUAAUGGAAAUGUAUUGUAGAAACAAGUAAGAAACAAUAUUUGAUGCAGGAAACAGCUACACCAUGAGGAUGCACUGGAUGCGAUUAUUGCACUGUCUGAAACAACUAUUUUAACUACACAACAUGGAUAAACGUAUGUGAACUCCUGAUCAUCACACUUUUAUUUUGGCCUUCCCCAAACCAUCUGAAGUCAUCUUUUGUAUGUUGUAAUAUUAUUAAACACGUUCUCUCUCUGACUCUAAUGGACCUACUCCAAACCUGUUUCAGCAUGAUGAUAAGGGAAAGCAGAUUGCACACCAACCCUUCUACACACCAAGCCUUUAAUUUUUCUGUUAUAGAAUUUUGCUCUGUUAAGUAACUUAUAAUAAAACAUGGCACUUUUUUAUGGCAAACGACCCAUUUGUUUCGAGUGAGCAAAAGUAUUGGAAUGUAAAUAACACUCUUUGGUUGCAUAUUUCUUAUUUGUAAUAUCCUUAUUAAUGCGUGCUUGCAUUCCAAUACUUUCGGAAGGAACUAUUUCUUUACCUAGCCCAGGUUUGUUAGACUCCCUUCUGUUGAUUACAAAGGCUUAGUUUAUGUUAGAGGAGGAACACAACUGUCUAGUGCUGUUGCCAUGAGUAACACUGACACGUGAGGAUGCAAACACCCAUGCAUUCAACCAUGGAGUACUCUCCCAUGUCAUCAAACACCCACACAAAACAUCUUGUCAAGCAAGACUUUGUAGAACAUUUGGCCUCAUUCUUGUAUCAAACUAUAUAAAUGUAUCAAAUAUAAAAAGCAAUUUGUAACAGCAGUAAGUCUGUUAAAUAAGAUUAUGUAGAUGUGUAAGUAAAAAUGGUCAUGUCAUCUCAACCAGACAUUUAGCAAAUAAGUUAAGGAAAAUGUCAAUGCCUUUGUGUGCAGUUGAGUAUCUUAUAAUUUUCCAUGACCUAGUCAGUUCCUUUCAGUAGCACCUCAGCAAGUUAGCCUACAUUCCUCAGCAACGAGUUAUUAGCGUUACUUAACUCAUGUCCAAUUGUUAGUUUAAUAAAAUAAUAAAAAGAAUAAAUGAAUGCUAACACUAAUACUACAACUAUGCUAUACUAAUGCUACUGUACUAAUAAAAGUAGUACAUGCUCUCUGCUUUUUAAGCAUUAUAUAGAGAUAUUGUAGAGACACAGCAGUGUCUUUAGGGUGCGUUUCCACGUUAUUCUGGUUUCAGAAUAAGAAUCAGAGUUUGUUUGCAUGUAAUUAUAAAAACAAUUAUAGAAACAAAAGAGCAAAAUGUUUCAAAGAGCAGGUACAGCUGAAAAUUCACAAGUAAAAUACAUCUACUGAAUAGUUCACAAAGCUUUGCUAAGUGUUCAUAAAUAGGAUAAAAUUAACCCAAGCAGAGCGAACAUUAAGGUGAUUGUCUAUAAAUUACCAUAGAUAAUUAUAUACAUAGAGCGGAAGCCAUAGGUUUUUUUUACACCUAGACUAAAGACAUUCAGCUCAGUAUGAUAUAUUUUCUGUGUUAAGUCUGUCUAUUUUAUUUCCAUCAAUUUAGAAUUAUAUCUAAGAGAUAUAGCGCUUUUAUUUACCAUGUCAGAUUUAAAGUGGAUUAAAAAUCUGACUUUACUAUUUUGUAGCAUUCUGUUUAAGUUAUUUGACUCGGAUCAAAUGCAGGGGGUAGCUUGCACAGGAGUCCCACAAUGCUUUACCACAAUUGUUUGCUUAUUCCUCAUGACAGAACUGGUGUAACUGAGUCAGGUCUAUGGCUCUUCUUGCAUAGACACUUUCAGCUCAGUUCACAAUUUUUGUGAUAUUUUUCAGGUUAGGGCACUGUGAUUUUCACUUCAAUACUUUAUCUUUAAGCGCUUUUAUUACAAAUUUUAAGGUAUGUUUAGUAGCCUUGUCUCGCUGAAAAUUCAAGUAUGGACAGUAAUUGAACUUUCUGGCUAAUGUAUUGAGGUUUUGCUUCAUUUAUUUCUCACUAACCCUCAUUCCUAUUUUUUUAAUGUGCCAGUUACCCAAAUGCUUCAUAGUUAAGAUGGUUUCUUUGAAUCAAAAUUCUAACAUCACACUGAUCAUUGUGGUCUCAAAGACCAAUUUUUUUGUUCAUUCGACCAGAGAACACUUGAUUUUUUUAUUUAUUUAUUUGUUUGUUUUUUAAAUACCAGUCGUAGAGUGAGGUCUCCCUGUUUAAUGAACAGAAUCUCAGUUCAUGAUGAUGUAGGACUCUCUUAAGAGUGGCUGUACAUACUUGGAUGCUUGCUUCCUCAGACCCCUCUGUCACUUCCUUUGUUGUUGCUUUAGGGUUCAGUUAAAACUUUUGGACCAAAGCGUUAUUAAUGCCAGUUGAAAAGAUCUCUGGUUAGUUUUACCCUUUGGUAAGGUCUAAACACAAUAAUUACAUUUGGAUGGAUGUGGUCUCGUUCUGGUCCCAGAUGAACUUUAAAGCUCUUAGUUGGUCAGGAUUUGACCUCAAUCCAGACCAACAACAAAGCAGUUCUUUGCGAGUUUGAGCUCCUGUAGCCAGGUGCGCUUUGCAUGUUUGCAUGCUUAACAACAUGUCUUUGGGUUAACAAGUUGAAGUUCAGCAUGUCAUUGUAUUGCGCAAUAUUUACUCCCUUAUUCUGCCUUAGUCGACUGUAGACUGGAUAUCUUUUUAUUUGCAAACUGUGAUGCAGUAUUAUAGAGUAUUUUCAAGAUGGUUUCUUAAAGUGCAUUAAACAUUGUUAGCACAGUUUACUUUGCACAGAUAAUUACCACAGUUAUACGCAAAUUUCCAGAGCAAAUUCUUUCUUUAAUAGAAAUAUUCACUAGUACAGAACAUGGAUCUUCUUGUCGUGCUGAUGUUUUUGAUUCUGCCUUACACUCAUUUUACCAAAGAGGUAGUGUUAUUUUGUGAAAAUGCAUUUUGGUUCACUUGGAUAUUUCUCUGUGGAGAAACUAAACAAACCAAGGAGAAAAUUGACCAAGUUUACAAACUGGUCCAUUCAAUCAGACUGGUGCAGAAGAACUACUUAAGGUAGGUCCUUAAAUUUGGUCACAGGCUCCCACACAAUUAACUCCUUAUUAUGCCGCUGGCCAAACAAAAGCUUGUAAAAGUCAUUACAUCACUUUCUGGAAGCUUCCAGACUGCUAGUCAGUUUGGUAUAUGUAACAUUUUGCUUCCUGGUAUUCUGAUAUUAUAAAAAUAAAAAUGAAAUCUCAGUCUAAUCUCAAUAUAAUCUAAAGUACCUUUGAUCUGGAAAAGUAGAUACCACAGUUGAAAUCUAACAUGGUAACCUGAAAUGUGUGGAAUUGUGGGUCUUUAGCCUUAUAAUCUGUAUAGUUUUCUAUUAAGGUCUGAAAAAUCUCAGUUGAUAAAAGCAAACUGGCGAAAUCUAAUCUAGGUUAAACUAUUUUUUUUUCAUGGCCAUUAAAACAUACUGCCGAUCCAAAAAAAAAA